AUGGAGAAGAGCAACUGUCCUCAGUUUUCCUUCAAGGAUGCCGGUUGCUUCGGAGGGCUGACGAGAGUCAGCUCUGUCGAAACCGCCCUCUUCCACCGCCUCUGUUCUCUCGGUGCAAGGUCAGAUUGGCUUUGCGGGCACCUGGCGGCUGUCUGUCUCUUCAGCGGCUUUGGUGUUGCUCGUCAGCAGGGCUCGGCCCUGACAACCAUCGAAAGGCUUGCUAACGAGCAAUCUCGAGAUCUCUGCCAACUCUGGCUCGGACUCUGGCUCACGAACACCACCAACCCUCGGCCGGAUCCUGCAGCAAGUCUGGACUACGUACGAAUGGCCGCUGAUAAUGGCAACCCCUGGGCUCAAAACAUCCUUGGGGAGCAUUACGAGCAGGGCAAAGGUGUACGGAAGGACUGUGAUGAGGCCAUCAGCUGGUAUCGCCAGGCGGCAAACCAGGGCAAUGCCGAUGCCCGGCUGAACAUGGGGCGAUGCUAUCGAAGUGGCAUAGGUGUCCAGCCUGACUCCGAUAUGGCCAAAUACUGGUUUAAUAUGGCUGCAGAGCACGGCAGUACCGGGUCAGAACUCGAAGACGAAGAUAUCAGGGCGCAGUAUCUUCGUUAG